AGAAAUUUCUGUUUGAAUUAUGGUGCUGCUCUGUUCUACACAUCGGUGAAGGAGGAGAAGAAUUGUGACCUACUUCACCAGUAUUUAUUACAUCGGAUAUAUGGGUUCCCCUUCACAAUGUCUGCCUAUGUCGUGGAAAAGGAUAGUGUGUUCAUCCCAAUGGGUUGGGACAAUGAAAAAAAGAUUGCAAUUUUACAUGAAAACCUAUUGAACAUAAAACCAACAGACAACUAUGAAGACGUUGUUUCCAGGCCCUCAGUUCGUAAGCCGGUGCAGCGAGAUGCAGAGAUAACAGUGGAGGACGUGCAAGUGUUCCUAAUGAAGCAACAGUCCCAUCUGAACAAGGCACCUUCACCAGGGGCCGCAGGCUCGCAGGCCGAAGGGGAGUCCCCGGCCCGACCCCCUGCUGCUGUUGUGGGUAAGACCGCAACCGCGCCGCUGGGCAAGGCAGCAUCCUCCCCUACCCCGACCACUGUAUCACCCAACAAGAAGAUGGAAACCAAAGCCAGUGCUGGGGGUGGUAACACGAGUGAGACCAUGCUGGCAAACUUCUUCAACAGUCUCCUCAGCAAGAAGUCUGGAGGUGUAGGCACACCACGACCAGAUACGGCAGCUGUUCAUUCAGAGCUGGAAAAGAUGACAAAAUCCACGACAAAAACUGCCAAGAGGUCACAGUCGGACGUGAACCCAAAUGGACCGAGUUCUGAGUCUUGAUUGGCUAAUUUUUGAUCAUGUGACAUUUUCCUACUUCCUGAUUGGUAAAUUCUGUGAUGAUUACAAGUUGACAUGAAAGCUAGAUCAUGAUAGGUGAAUCCGUGAUCAUGUGAAUGUAACCUUCACUUUGAUUGGCUGAAAUUAGUAUCUUGUGAAGGAGGUGUUCAAACUCAAUAGUGAAAUUAUAUAUUAUUAAGGAAUACAUGUUAUAAACUAUUUCUAUUGUGAUCAUUUGAGCUUUAUAUGUGCUUAUGAUGCUGAUUUGAGUAGAACAUGUUUUCGCUUAUGUAGAAAACUUAAUAAACAUAAUGGCUGCACUGUGGUGGAAAUUAUUUGUGUUCAUUAAACAAGAUAGCAUCUGCUUUAUUACUUUUUUGUGCAACAACUUAGACAUAUUUCAAUUUUUGUAAAUAGUGUACUCUGUUAUAUAUUUAUAUAAAUUAGUGAUGAAUUGAGGCUCUCAUUGGGUGGUGCAUGAACUUGUUGUUUCACAGGUUAUUCCCUUAAAAUGCAUUUGUAAUUCUUAAAAGCAAUUUUAGGUAGAUGCAUGCAAGACUAUUACUUAUUGAAAUGGCUACUUAAUUGACAGCAACAUCUAUGACCUAUGUUUAUAUGAAUAUGAAAAUUUUACCUUACUCUUUAUCUUUCCAUUGGAAUGGUCAUUAACAUUUAUUAAGACACAAAGAUUUUUAACCAGGUUUUCCGAAGGAAAAAACUGGUUAUUAGAUUGGCGAAUGCGGGCGGGCUGGCUGGCUGGCGGGCUGGCUUGCGGGCUGGCGGAAUAAGCUUGUCCGGGCCAUAACUAUGUCGUUCAUUGUCAGAUUUUAAAAUCAUUUGGCACAUUUGUUCACCAUCAUUGGACGGUGUGUCGCGCGAAAUAAUUACGUCGAUAUCUCCAAGGUCAAGGUCACACUUUGAGUUCAAAGGUCAAAAAUGGCCAUAAAUGAGCUUGUCCGAGCCAUAACUAUGUCGUUCAUCGUCAGAUUUUAAAAUCAUUUGGCACAUUUGUUCACCAUCAUUGGACGGUGUGUCGCGCGAAAUAAUUACGUCGAUAUCUCCAAGGUCAAGGUCACACUUUGAGUUCAAAGGUCAAAAAUGGCCAUAAAUGAGCUUGUCCUGGCCAUAACUAUGUCAUUCAUUGUGAGAUUUUAAAAUCAUUUGGCACAUUUGUUCACCAUCAUGGGACGGUGUGUCCCACGAAAGAAUCACGUCAAUAUCUCCAAUGUCAAGGUCGCCACGACUAAAAAUAGAUUUAAAAAAAAAAAAAAAACUUACAAAGGGGGUUAAUUUUUUUGGUCAUUUCAAAAGUUCAGUUUGAGUUUUCUCCCUUUAUCAGAUUUUUUUUUCACAAUGAAAUCCUGGUUUUGUGACAAUUUUGUCCCUUGUUGUAUAUUUUUUAUGGACAUUCAGUAUUAUAUUUUUUAAAUCAAGUUGAUUGGUGUACUUCUUUAGAUACAAAAUUACCAUUAUGAUAAAUGUAUUUUAUGUGCUUAAAAGUGUACUUAGUGUCCAUCUAAAAGAUUGUCAUUUAUUUGCAUGUAGAAGAAAUUAUUAAUAUAAUUUUACACAAAACUAUAUGGUUUAUAUAUGCACCUUAUUGAUAUACUGAUUUAUUAGUUUUGAUAUUUUGGUUUGAAAGAUAGGCAGUCUUGCAAACUGAAACAACAAGUGUAGAAUACUUUUUUGUUACUUGGUUGUAUAGUUUGGCAGCCUUAUUUUAUCUUCUAUUGUGGCAAUAGGUAUAAGUCAUGUCAGAUGCAAUCUGACACGUAUGGUCCAUUAGUUUUAUUUUCGCUUGUGAAGUCAUAUGGAUAUGUUUGUACUCAUAAUUGCAUUGCCUCGAUAUUUAGUGUUAAAGGGGCUUAUUAGCAGCAUUUCUAAAACAUAUCUCAGUCACAUAUUGAAACUGUAUCAAUUCACAAUUUUUGGACAUAAAAAUCUAGUGAAUAACGUGGUAAUAAUGGUAAAUUGAUGAAAUUAUUAAAAUAAAUAUAUGCAUAGCCAAAAAGUAUUUUUUCAAAACUUACCUUUGGUUGGAUUCAAACUGACAUCUGGAAAAGUCACUCAUUUCAAUGAGAAUUUAACUACACUGAAGUACCAUUAUCAAUUGUGUGCAUACGUAUAACAAUUAAACUGCUGAGCAAUAUGGUCAUAGCCGUCAAUGUGCCCCUUUAACAUGCUGUGCUGGUUUUUCCAGGGUCUAGAAAUCAGCGUCUUUUUCGAUUGUUUAAGUCUGGGGAUAUAUUUAAGAGAAGCGUAGAAUCAUGUAGAUUCACUUAUACUUACAUAUACCUGAUUUACUUGUACAUGUACUGAAAUGUGAUACAUAUCCUUCACAUUACACUCUUUUUAAGUGUCUUUCGCUUAAUAUAUUGGCAAUUGCAAUACAUACAAGCAUGACAAGGUAUUUUGCUUACAGGUAGAAAAGAUAUGAAGUCUGUCUCAAUGAUAUAAACUGUUCUUGUUCUUCAACAUAGCAUUAUUAGUAUCUUUAUGUUUUUCGUAUGGAACAAGUGUCAAUUUACGUUUUCAUUGUGUUUGAAAAGUAUCAGUUAAGUGACAUGCCAUGGUUUCCAUGGCUCUAAACUUUUUUUUAACAAUAUGGAUUGUGUUUUCAUCAUACUUGAUAUUGUUUUCUUAAGAAGAGGUUUAAGAACUGAGAAUUAAUAUAUUAUAAUAUUGAGCUAUUGUUUGUAAGAGGGCAAUAUGAGUGUUACUUUAGAUUACUUAUUGCAAGAACCUGAAGAAGUAAAAUAUAUACCCAUUCUACUUAAUGCAGACUGAAUUCUGAACAAGAAUUUUUAAUGAAAAUGGGCUUAGGCACUUUGUGAGACUUCUUAACAAAUUCAUAAACAAUCACAUACCAAAUUUUGACUGACCUUUGCCACCGCUUGAAUGAAAACUUGUCCCUACAUAAGUUGUCACUUCUUCAGGGGAAUUUAACAUUUAAGGAAUUUUAUUCAGUUCCAAAUGGAGCUUUGUAAAUACUGCAUACUAGAUAUAUAGGGGGACUUGAUAGCAAUCUACAAUAUAGAGAUGGGCAUUGGAAGAUUUCGUACACAAGAUUUUUGAAGAAAUAUGACUUCACAAAUCAUGGGGCAACCUUUAAUGGCCUCUCUUGUAUUCGCUUAGCCGAGCCAUUUAAAUGACAUGAGUCAAGAAAUAAUAUGAUAUAUAUAACUCAUUACUUAUAUUUGCUUACGUUAUGUCUAUUUGAUGUUUAUUUAUUGCUUCAUAUAUACAAAACAUUUGUUGUUGGCAUUUAUGUUUAUUUUCCUGCACUUUAGCCUCCAGGUGAUACAUAUGGUAAUUGAACAAUCCAAAAAGUGCAGAUAUUCACUGGACACUGCAUGACAUACUUUUUAUUUGGAUGUGCCCAAUUAUUUUCUGUCCAAUAAAUUUGUUCAAAUAGAGAAGUACGGUAAUACAUGAAGCACAUUCAAAAAUGUUAUUUUUUAAAGGCUAUUAAUAAGAUAUCUUUUUUUUUCGAGCAGAAUAUAUUAUCAUGUGCUUGCCUUUGUUGACUUUAUUUUGACCAUCGACCUCUUUCAGUUUGUUUUGUUUUCUAAAUUCUGUAAUUAUAAGUGCUCUUUUGUUUGUGUUUUGUGUAUGCUGUGUGUUUGUUUCUUUUGUUAAGUAGAAUAUAAUAUUUAUACAUUAUUUAAUCCCAUUCUCAUUACCUUGUGCUACGUUUUUUCUUAUAUUUUUUUGACAUUUUUUUGUUUUAUUUUGAUUUAAAAAAGAUUACUUUGCUUUUUAGCUCACCUGAUUACUCAGGUGAGCUUUUGUGACCGGUCUUUGUCCGUCGUAUGUCCGUCCGUCCGUUAACAUUUGCUCGUAAACACUCUAGAGGCCACAUUUCUUGUCUCAUCUUCAUGAAACUUGGUCAGAAGCUUUGUCCCAAUGAAAUCUCGGACAAGUUCGAAACGGGGUUGUGCCGGGUCAAAAACUAGGUCACUAGGUCAAAAAAAAGAAAAACCUUGUAAACACUGUAGAAGUCACAUUUUAUGCCCAAUCUUCAUGUAACUUUGUCAAAAUGUUUGUCUUAAUGAUAUCUUGGUUGAGUUCAAAAGUGGUUCCGAUCCAUUGAAAAACAUGGCCGCCAGUGGGCGGGGCAGUUUUCCUUAUUUGGCCAUAGAGAAACCUUGUAAACACUCUAGAAGUCACAAUUUUUGCCCAAUCAUCAUGAAAGUUGGUCUUAACAUUGGUUCAAUUGAUGUCUCGGACGAGUUCGAAAAUGGUCGAGAUCGGUAAAAAAACAUGGCCGCCAGUGGGCAGGGCAUUUUUCUCAAUAUGUAUAUAGUGGCAGUUUUCCCUAUUUGGCUAUAGAGAAACCUUGUAAACACUCUAGACGCACAUUUUUUGCCCAAUCAUCAUGAAAGUUGGUCAAAACUAUGGUUUUAUUGAUAUCUCGGACGAGUUUGAAAAUGGUCAGGAUUGGUGAAAAAAAAUGGCCGCCAGUUAGCAGGGCAUUUUUCUCUAUAUGUAUAUAGUGAAAACAUGUGAACACAGUAGAAGUCACAUUUUUGGCCCAAUUUUCAUGAAAUUUGCUCAGAACAUUUGUUUCCUUGAUACGAGAGUUGAGUUCAAAAAUGGUUCCGGUCAGUUGAAUAACAUGGCUGCUGGGAGGGGGGCAGUUUUCUAAUUAUCCCCCCCCCCCCCCUUUUGAAGAAGAGGGGGUAUAUUGUUUUGCUCAUAUUGGUCUGUCCGUCCACCAGAUGGUUUCGGGAUGAUAACUCAAGAGCACUUAUGCCAAGGAUCAUGAAACUUCAUAGGUACAUUGACAAUGACUCGCAGAUGACUCCUAUUGAUUUUCAGGUCACUAGGUCAAAGGUCAAGGUCACGAUGACCCGAAAUAGUAAAAUGGUUUCCUGAUGAUAACUCAAGAACACUUAUGCCUAGGAUCAUGAAACUUCAUAGAUACAUUGAUCAUGACUCGCAGAUAACCCCUAUUGAUUUUCAGGUCACAAGGUCAAGGUCAUGGUGACUCAAAGCUUUAAAAUGGUUUCCGGAUAAUAACUCAAGAACGCUUAUGCCUAGGAUCAUGAAACUUCAUAGAUACAUUGAUCAUGACUCUCAGAUAACCUUUAUUCAUUUUCAGGUCACUAGGUCAAAGGUCAAGGUCAUGAUGACGCGAAAUAGUAAAAUGGUUUCCGGAUGAUAACUCAAGAAUGCUCAGGCCUACGAUCAUGAAACUUCAUAGGUACAUUGAUUAUAACUCGUAGAUGACCCCUAUUGAUUUUCAGGUCACUAGGUCAAAGGUCAAGGUGACCCGAAAUAGUAAAAUGGUUUCCAGAUCAUAACUCAAGAAAGCUUACGCCUAGGAUCAUGAAACUUCAUAUGUACAUUGAUCAUGACUCGAAGAUGACCCCUAUUGAUUUUCAGGUCACUAGGUCAAAGGUCAAGGUCAUGGUGACCUGAAAUAGUAAAAUGGUUUCUGGAUGAUAAAUCAAGAACCCUUAUGCCUAGCUAGGAUAAUGAAACUUCAUAGGUACAAUGAUCAUGACUUGCAAAUGACCCCUAUUGAUUUUCAGGUCACUAGGUCAAAGGUCAAGGUCACGGUGACCUGAAAUAGUAAAAUGGUUUCUGGAUAAUAACUCAAGAACGCUUAUGCCUAGGUUCAUGAAACUUCAUAGGUAUAUUGAUCAUGACUCGCAGAUGACCCCUAUUGAUUAUCAGGUCACUAGGUCAAAAGUCAAGGUCACAGUGCCAAAAAACGUAUUCACACAAUGGCUGUCAAGGUCACGGUGACUCAACUUAGAAAAAUGGUUUCGGGAUGAUAACUCAAGAAUGCUUAUGCCUAGGAUCAUGAAACUUCAUAGAUACAUUGAUCAUGACUCGCAGAUGAAAUAAUUAUGAAACUUGACCAGGAUGUUUGUCUGGACAAUAUCUAGGUCAAGUUUUACAUUUGGUAAAGAUUUAAUGAACCGACUCCUCUCAGGUGAGCGAACUAGGGCCAUCUUGGCCCUCUUUUUAAAGAAAAUGUCUAGCUAUUUGUUUACAAAAAACCUGAAUGACAGGGUACUUUUGGCAUACAGUAAUCCAUACAUACAGCAAGGACUGGAUUGUAAUUGAUGCCUUUUUCAAACCCAAAUUUGUAUUGUGAAUAACAUUUGUCUGUGAUUCACCCUAGAUGUAUUCAGCCAUAUAACUUGUUUGUGCAUUUGUGUGGAAAUCAUUUCUGCAGCCAUUCUGCCCAGCCUUCAGAAUAAAGAUGGGCAAUUUGUCAGUUAUUUGUAAGUAUGUGCUUUGGUGUAGUGUAUAUGGUGUCAGCCUAGCGACCCGUAGGUCACAAAUUUGAUCCUCACUUUAGGAGCAUUCUUAGGACACCAAGUACUGGUUCUAGGUCCAGGAAACGGACUCGAGAUUGUUUCAAAUAUUAAAUUAGUAAGUACUUCUCAUUCAAUUGAGCUAAAAUAAAUAAGCUUAAACUUUAAGUUUGUGCUCAAUAAAGCUUUGGUAUGGCUAAUAUGCUGAUGAAAAUGACUACAAAAAUCCAACAAAAUAUGCAAUGUAUUUCUUUUCUUUUAAAAACCUUUGUCAAAAUACUUUGCAGCCAGAUUAAUUGCUCCUCCAUUGCAUUUAUGGUGUUUUAAAAUGUAAAAAAGGGAAUCGGGAUAGAGAGAAAAAUACAUAAUAUAGUUUGUGUGCCUGUUAAUUAUUUAAAAAAUAAUGUUUGUAUAGGUAUACAAUCAAGUCCAUGUUUUGAGUUCUACAUUCCAGAACGAGGAACUUUAUACUGUAUAUACUUGGAACAAAUUUUGGAAUGAAUGAUUACAUUACAAUACAGUUGCUAAAUGCUUUACUUCAGCAGUAUUUCUUUUCAAGUGACCUUAUGACGUAUGGUUAGAUGCACUAAACAGUUUAAUUUAACUUGUUUGUAAGACUCAAUCUCCUUAUAUCCUAUUCCCAUAUUGAAUGCUAUUUUUCUUAAAUAUUUAGAUGCAUCAAUGUAUAUAACUGAAGAUUACGAUAAAUGGUGCAUUUGCAAAUGAGGAUUUCCAUAUAGGCAUUUCAGCUUUUUUUUAGUUCAAGAGACUUGUUGAUAGUUGAUUUAUAUUACUUAAAAUGAUUGGUUCACAGAUUUGCAGGUUUUUUUGUGUGAAAAUAUCAUCAAAUGAUUAUACAAACUAACGGUAGCAUUUGGAAUGAUGUUAAUUAACUAAAAUAACUAGAAAUAAGAUAAAGACCUCAAAAAGAAAAAAAUAGCUAAAAUUCUGAGACUUAAAUUUAAACGCUGUGUGGAUAAAACUUGUUUUUGCUAAAUUAUCCAUGAAAACAUUUCAAACAUUUGACCUUUCUGAUAUUGAUUGAUGAGAAUCAAUAAGCAAAUCUUUAUUUGGAACUUUUUUUAAGCCAGGAAUGGUUAAAAUGUAUUGCGUAAAUUAAUGUAAUGCAUAUAUUUAUUCAUUUGUGAAUCUAUGACAAUUUUUUCAGACAUGUCAUUUUGUUGAUCUGUGAACAAGUCCUUUUAAAAGUCUAUUUAAACAACAAAAUGUUCUACUUGUAUGUGGACGAAUGCAUGAUGUUAAGUAAUUGUUUGAUUCAUUCAUGUUUUUAUCUUGUUUAUGUAAUGAAGUUGCAAUAUUUACAUAUUUGUGUCAGUCCUCUGCACACAUCCAGUAUUUUUCCUGUAAUAAAAUGCUCCGCAAACCUUUGUAAUCUCAUGUGUAUUUGGCAAAGAAAUGGUUGUAUGUUUAGAUAUAUACAUGUAAUUCUUUUUCCAUGAAUGCAUCUGGGACGUAAUUGAGGGAGACAAAAAAUGUCAACUUAAGAAAAAAUCUGGUUAAUCUUCCCUUAUCAGGUACAAGUACACUAGUUUUUAUUUCCCAUUUAAUUAUCUAUUCAUUAUUUUUGGACCUCUUGCCUUUAAUGCAGAUUGUAACUUGCAACAUAUACAUGUAUAUCUUGAGUUCUGUUCGAAACACAAUUACAGUGAUAUGCAUGUCUUUUUAUCCAAUCUAUUAAAAUUGCCAUGUAAUAAAAUAAAAAUAGAAACAGUUUAAUGUAUGAUUGUUUUUGAGGUCAUCAUAUUUCUUCAUUCGCAUAAUAUAUAUGACCUUCUUCAUUCAUUAAAAUAUACUAAAACUAUAUUUUAUGGUUAGUGUACAUAAUAGAAGCAGGGCAUUUCUUUUUACAAUGGGUUAAUAGUUUGCUAAUAAAAUAUUUUCACAUUAUCUAAACUUGUUCCUUUAUAUAAGUUAAAUGAAGUUUAUUUAUUGAUAUUAUGAAUAGAAUUUUGUGUACAAAUUGGCUAGUGGUUCUUUUUCUUUCAUUGUUUGAACUUGGUGUGGUUUUUACAUUUCUUAAAUAAUUUUCAUCAAGUUCGCAAAGAACAUAAACUAUUUGUACCUUUGUAUUCUGUUAUUAAAAGUAUAUAGCUUAAUAUGCAGCUAUGGCAACUUGUGAACGUCAAAUACAUUUUAAUAACAAGCUCUCUUCCAAAGAAGAUAAAUGUGGAUGAGUCUUUGUUGUAGCUGACAAAUUCAGUUUUUUGCCAGCAUUAUUAGUUUUUUUAUGCAAAACUUACAUAUUCAUAAAUAUGAUAUCUGCUUGUGUUUUUGUUUGCUUUUUUCGAUUUUUAAAACUGUGUAUAUCAAUUUGAUUAUUAUUACAGCAAUUUUCCAUGUUUUUAUGUAAACCUGCAUCUUCCUAUAGCUUGUUAAUACGUUUUCCUAUAUCUGAAUGGGUCUUGGUCAUUAUAAACGUUCAUGCAAAAACAAAUAAAAAACGAAAAUAGCAAAUGAGCGUUUUCGUCUUCUUAUGUGUAUUUGUACAUGUAUGACCUUGCAUGAUAUAUUGUCUAAUAGCACUUAUUUUCACCCUUGUAUACGUUGUCAAUAUUUACAGCAAGUAAACAUUUUAUUGAG